ACAAAUAUAUAUGGGGAAUGCGUUAUGGGGAAUUGCUAUGGAAACCUAUAGAACGCUCUACAGUUGACUAAUGGAAAUUGAACUUUGCUGCGCGUACUUUGACGUUAAACGUCCAACUCAAAGGGUUAUUGAAACCAAUUUCUCGUCUAAUUAGCGACUAAUUUACGGAUAAUUAAUUAUCCGCCGCCGAUGUGCACCAGUGGUAACGAUAACAGUGUUAAAACAAGGAAUGACACGUCGAAGAAGAAAGUUGCGUCCGCGCAAAAUUUAUUUAUGAAACCAUUAUUGAGGUUGAAACAGCAAGAGCAUAUUCUUGAAAAAGGAUUAAUCAGUGCGAUUAAAAACAUGAAAAUAGACUCGAAUUUAUUGCAAGACAUCACGCACCAACAUGCAGAGUUAUCCUUAAGAAGACACAAUUAUUUAGACACGAUGUACAAAAACAUGGAAAAUAUUAUCUCCGACUUGGAUUCUGUAAAAAAUAUCGUUAAAAAUCCGGAAGAAAUUAAGAAAUUAGACGUAAACGUGUACAAAUCAAAAUUGAUCAAACUUUCGCAAAAUAUGCAGGAUUUCAAGAAAUCUUAUCCGAUUGAAAGUUUGAAAGAGGAAGGGGAUGCUUUAAACGUUGAAUUUCAAGAGUGUAACUUCAAUUUCGACAAGUACGAGAAAAAUGCAACAACACGUGGUCCAUUAUCGUGUAAAACUAAAACGGAAAAUAAAAAGAAGGAAAAAAUCGAAUUUAAAGACGUGAAUGAUUUUCAUAGCCUCGUUGCGAUAACGGGUCACACGGAAAAUUGGACGUUGGACGAUCACUUGUUCUUCUUAAAAACGAGGAAGAAGUGCAAAAGCAUCCCGACUCUGGUUACGACGAUUCGAAAAAAGUGUCCAGAUUUAACGGCCGAGACAAUAGUGAAUCACGAGGCGUGGUACAAACAUUACGAAGAUUUGCGGGAAAGGCAAAGGAUGGCGGUGAAGGAAUGGCGGCAGCGAAAAGAAUCGGAGAGGAAAAUAAAAAAUAUCGAUGAAAUUGGGAGAGAAACGGAGCGUUGCCGCGAAAAGGAGGAUCUCCAAGACGAAAUUGUCGAGGAGAAAGCGAUAAAAGUUUUUAAAAACGCGAAGUCAACUCGUUCGGAAACUAACAGCAGUGCGAGUUCGAAUAAUAAUAAUAAUAAUAAUAAUAAUGAUGAGAAGAAAGAAUUGAUCAAAAGGUGGAAAAUCGAGAAGGAAAAUAAACGUUUCGUGGACGAGGAACAGAUGAGACUGCGAAUGAAGUUGAAGAGAGAAAGGGAGGAAGAUAGAAGGAAGAAACGUCGGGAAAAGAUUCAGGAAUCUUUGGAAGAGUACAAAAAGAAAAAGUCGAUGGAAAAUAGUUUGAAAGAAAUGAACAAAGUUCAGAGAGAGAGGUGUAAAUAUAACACAACUUUGAUUAAAGCGUUUAGGGAGCAGGAUAAAGAAUAUACGGAGAAGAGGAAAAAUUUAAUUCUACGUUCAAAGAAACCGAAGAAAAGCGAGUUGGUGGACGUGAAGAGGGUGGAACUCGUUGAAACGCGAAAUUAUUCGACGUUGUUGAGUAGCACGAAGGUUUGGAGGGAGAAGUGUAAAACAAUGGACGACGAUUCGACGAGGUUGAAUAAUACGAACGAAUUUCGAUACAUCAAGGAUAUCCCAAGAAUGUGUAUCCGAUGGAGGAACGAAGAAUCGGAGGAUCUAAAUGUCUAAUAAGAAAUAUAUACCCGAUUAAAAAAUGUAAAAGACAUUAGUAUAAAUGAUCGUACGUAUUAUCGUAUUAUUAUGCCUAAUUUUAUUGUACUCGUAAAAGUUUUAUCAUUUCUUUUUUUUUUUUUUUAUGGGUAACACGCUAACGCGACUCAAAGUUACGUAUAAAUAUACAAUUUUCUUUUUUUUCACACGUGAACUUUACACAAACUUUUUCUUUAAUUUUAAUUUCUUUCUUCUUUUUUUUUCUCUCUCUAAAACGAUAUUCCAAAACAAUAAUCAUGCAAUUGAUCGAACGCAACUUAAGAAUUACCUAUAAUUCCCUGUUUAAUCAAAAAUACAAUCAAUUAUUAUUUUUUUUCUUCUUUUCUUUUCUUUUUCCUUUUUUUUUUUCCUCUCCUUCAAUUAAUCAAUGCUGCUUACACAGGUAUACAGUAAGGUGUUCGAAGAAAAUCGAAGGGGAAAAUUAUUAUUAUUAUUAUUAUUACGGCUAAAAAAUAUACGAUAUGUUUCACUCCUCCGACGCCCUAAUUUAUUAUUCAUAGCUUCAAUAAAUUAAUUUAAUCGAACAGAGCAUACUCUUGGAGCAGCAAAUAUUUAACACAAUUACUGCAUAAUAAUUUAUAUAUUAUAAUCAAUUAUAUAUUUGAAUUAUUAUAUUAUUUAUUUACAGUAAUUGUACUUACACUUCCUGUUCGAAUCAUCCCCAAAAAUCUUCGGAAAUCACUCUUCACUCAGAGGGCGAACGAAAUCUCGGUCUGUUUUUUGUACUUCGUUUCCGAAUUGGUAUACUAAAAAGUAUUCUCCUAUAAUAAUAUAGUAACAGUCUUUCGUGAGAAAGUAUCCACCAAAACGCGACUUUUCAACCAAAUUUGACGGAGCGAAACUAUGAGAGAUCGUGUCUCGUGAUCGAUCCGUUUUUCUUUUUUUUUUUUUUUUUUUUAAUUUAUUCUUUGAGAUUGUUACCUUUUUUUUUUUUUCUUAUCCAUCGUAUUCCGUUAUUUACAAUGUUCGCUAAAAUCUUCGAAUUACAAAUAACUCGUGCUACUUGCUCGUCUAUUGCCACGGAGGAACGUUCGUACGUUCGAAACUCGCCAUAAUACUGGCUAUACAAAUUGGCUGUACAAAUCUGAUCUGCUGUGAAAAUUAUACAAGAUUAUUGGAUUCAUUUUGAAAACGCGACCUCAGCACAACACGACGCAAACUUUAUCAAAAACUUUUUGAAAAAUUUUAUACAACAGAUCUCUUUUUAUUUUUUUCUUUAAUUUUGAAAUGUAAUUUUUAUUCAAUUAUUAAAAAAAAAAAAAAAGAAAAAAAAAGUCAAUUGAAAAGUAGACGCCAUAUUGAACGAGUGCGCUCGUCAAAAUGAUGAAAGGGCAAGUGGAAAUGAACGAAACCGAUUGAUAUAUACUUAUGUUUAUUUUUUCUUUUACGAACGUAUCGGUUUUCUUCAGACGAUGUACAUAAUAAGUUAUGAGUAAAAGAGUGUUGGUUUUAUCCAAGACCGUUCACUUUAUUCGCCUGUUCAAAGUGGACUAUUAAUAAUUAAUUCCCCCCCCCUCCUAAAUCCCACGUUACCUGAGCGUGAAUGUGUGUGUGUGUGUGUGUGUUGUGUGUGUGUUAUGUGUCGUGUGUGUGUAUGCAUAUAUCGAAUGCAAAUAAACGGGCACAAAAGAUCAGAGAGAAAAAGAACGAAGAGAGGAAAAAAAAAUUAAAGAGAUACGUACAAGGGACGAAAAUUAUGACUCAAAGUCCAGCCAUGGAUAAUACCAAUUCUCAACGAUUUUACUCAAAUAUAUAAUAUACUUUCUAUCAACCUUUUGUUCGUUAAUUCGAUAUUCUUUUUUGUAGAUUUUUUUUAUUUUCCUUCUUUCCUUUUCGUCUUUCGUUUAGAUUACCAAAUACAAAAACAUAGGUGAUACAAUAUAUAUAUUUAUAUAUAUAUGUAUUUAUAUAUAUAUAUAUAAUAUGUAUAAUGUUAUAAUACAAAUGUGCCUCGUACUGUGCUGAGUACGAUAGAUCGAUCAGAAUCGACGAGUGUCUCUAUAAUUCAUUUUUAUUUUUCUUUUUUUUUUUUCUUUUCUUUUCUUUUUUUUUUUUUUUUUUUUUCCUUUUUAGUCCACCUAUUUAUCUUUACCUCCUACGUCCACAACUUCCGCUUCCUCUCUAUCUUUCUCGCGAAACUUUACAAUUCACAAUCAUCCUAUUUUCACAUUCACAUCCUCGCUGGCAUACCGAUACGUCAGUUAAACGCCACACCACAUUAGCAAUAUUAAAUAACUUCAUCGAUUUCCUUUCCCUUCGAGCUGUAUGUAUGUAUGUAUGUAUAUAUACACAUAUAUAUAUAUCAAUCUAUAUAUGUAUAUAUGCACAAAGAAAUAUAUAACCGUUUAGAAUUCUUCUUCUCUCUUUAAUAAUGCAUAUCAUUUCUCUAGAAGUUUAUUACAACGAACAAUAAAAUGUUUAAUGAAACGUUUCCAUCUUCCAACGACUCGUUCCAACUCGUAUCAUCAUUCACCCCCGUCAUCUUGUUCCACUUUGCUCGCACACGUAUACACUCGCACGCAUACAUAUACACUUGUUCUUAUUCAUCCUUUCGUUCUCGUAUUAUUCCUCCUCUCGAAAACAAGGACUGCCAGACGAUUCGACACCGUUUUUCCUCCACACUGUUCGCCAUUUUCCUCUUCGUAACUCAACUCCCCCCCCUCCCUUUUUUUUUUUUUAAUAAUAAAUAUGUACACACCUUGAACAUUUUUGUACAAGUUUAAAGAUCUUCUCAUUCAGCCUUUUACUAUUUAUUAGUUUAUUCCUCCCUUCUCCUUCUAAACAAAUAUUUAUCAUUUGAUAACCUCAACCACGCGAUAUCUCAUCUCUCCCUCUUCUUCUAUCCUAUUUACUUUCUUUUCUUUCUCUUGCGUAACUCUGUGUAGGCGCAACAGGUGUGUAUUCGAUCCUUUUCUUUUCCUUUUCCUCGCGUCGAACGAUCAAACAGUCAGGAUCGAUCGAUAAUUCCAUUUGCAACGAACGACUCUUGCCCUAGCGAUCGAAAAAUGUGCGUGUCCCUUUUCUAUCUCGAAGCGUCGGAAAACAGCGUCGUUUUACGGCGUACGCGAUUUCACGGACUUCGACACUCGUCACGGAUAGUCUACCACGAGUUUCUCUAAUUUCUAGCAUUGCACACGGUUCGGGGACGGUAAUGAAUCGGACUCGGGAUCCUCUAGAUCGAGAUCAAUCCUCGUCAGAUGAAGAAUCGCGUCGUUCAAAGAAGGCUCCAAGACAAAAGGGAACGCGAUCGAUAAAAGCGAUUCGUAUAAUUUUCUAGAAUCAAUAUGAUAUCGAUGUCGGAAAUUUUUUUUUUCCUUUUCUUUUUUUUUUCUUUUUUUUCUUUUUUUACAAAAUUUUUAAUCGAAUCGAUUUUUCGGGGAGUUUCUAAGGAUUCGCGACGAUUUUCGAGAACGUUUUUCACUAAUCUAGAAGCAAGAAAUGUACACGGAUCAAAUCAACCUUUUUCUUUCUGUACGAUUAUAUAAAUUGAUAAUCAAAUGAAAUCGUGUUAUUUUUCGAUAAACUAAAUAUAAAUUGUAUUGGAUAUUAAACGGAAAGAAAAUAUAAUUUAUCAUCGAAACUUAUUAUCCACGUAUAUUUCUUGCGAGAUGAGAGUCUUAAUAACUAAUCGAAUGAAUUCUUCAUACUUCUUUUGCUGCCAGAUUUAUUGAUGAGAUAUAGAUGAAUGUACAUCUGGACCCCAAUAGAGUGCUACUUUAAAUCGAGAUUAAAACGAAAGAAGCGUUUAUCAUCCUAGAUCAUUUUGUUUGCGUUCGUUUCUCGUCGACGGUUUCACGGCCUAACCUCCGAUAGAUCCGUUCAACAGCCAGCGAUUUUUUUUUUUUUUUCCUUUUGUAAUCAUUUUUAUUUUCUUCCCAUAAGAAAUAAACGACCAACUGUAAAUGCAAUAAUGAUUGACGAUGAUCGUAAAAUGGUAACGUUCUCGCAGGACGAAAAAGAUGAUUCACGUUUAAAGUAAAAACCUUAUAUCUUUCCAUCCAUGUUUGUCGCAGUCUUUCGAUCACCAGCCAAGGCUUUCGGUUCACGCAGUCAUUCUUCGAUCAAUUCACUCGUUUCCUCCGUGUUUCAACUAACCUCGACGGGACAACAAACGUAUCAAGCUAACGUUCUCUAAAGAAUAUGGACGAUGAUAUCGCAUGGUUUCGCUUUCACUGAAACAUCAUAUGUAAUGUGGUCUAUACCGUUAAAUAGCUCAUUUCCAUUUUAACCGUACGUGUGUAUGAUAAAUGUUGUAUUCGACUAUCCAGGACAACGAGUAACCUCAAAUUACUUGUUCCGAUAGAAUGUUUAUCGAUGAUGACCGAUGGAUUUUCUAUAAACGUAUAAAAAAGACGAAUUAUAUCGCGACGAAAAGAGCGAUGCACGCAUCCCCGCUUCAAUAUUAAAGAUCACAGUUGUAUCUCGAUCGAUUUUUGAAUCUGGGACACGAUGGAAACGUUUACACGCGAAUUUCGCACUAACUAUUACGAUGCUCGGUCCUAGACAGUCAAAAUGGACACAUAGCGCCAUCACGAAGGAAACGAGUGAUUAAAGAACUGCAUGAUCCGUCGAAGAUCUCGCGUUACUCUCUCAACCACGAGUUUUUUUUUUUCACAGGUUUUUCCUUCUCGUCUGCCUCUCUUCCUUGAUCUCAUCCUAUCCUCUCACCCAUAAUUUCGUUCAUUCUCCAUCCGAAAAUCAGUAGAUCGCAUUUCUUUUCUUUCUGUUAUCCUUUCAAUUAUCCUUUUUCCUCGUAUUUUUUUUCUCUUUCUUUUCGUUCUGCACUGUUUUUUAUUUUGUUUUUUAUUUCAUUUAUUCCUAAGCUUGUAUAAAAACGAUAGUUCUUUUUUUUUUUUUUUUUUUAAUUACACCAAAAGACGAGUUGUGUGCAUAAAGCAAACUAUAUUGGGACAACAUGAAUUCUGAA